AAUCAGCGCCUCCCUCAGGGGCGCGCCCGUGACGUCCAGGCUCAUUUGCAUAGAGAGCCCCUCCUCUCAGCCGACGUCACCCGGGCUCCGCAUCUGCUGCAGUCGCUGCGGGGAGGAGGCGGCGGCGCGAGCGCGGCAAAGAUGGCGUCGGCUACUGACUCCCGCUAUGGGCAGAAGGAAUCCUCGGACCAGAACUUCGAUUACAUGUUCAAGAUCCUGAUCAUCGGCAACAGCAGCGUGGGGAAAACCUCCUUUCUGUUCCGGUACGCCGACGACUCCUUCACGCCCGCCUUCGUCAGCACCGUCGGCAUCGACUUCAAGGUCAAGACCAUCUACAGGAACGACAAACGCAUCAAGCUGCAAAUCUGGGACACGGCCGGGCAGGAGCGGUACCGCACCAUCACCACCGCCUACUACCGCGGGGCCAUGGGCUUCAUCCUCAUGUACGACAUCACCAACGAGGAGUCCUUCAACGCCGUGCAGGACUGGUCCACCCAGAUCAAGACCUACUCCUGGGACAACGCCCAGGUCCUGCUGGUGGGGAACAAGUGUGACAUGGAGGAUGAGCGUGUGGUGUCCUCGGAGAAGGGCCGCCAGCUCGCCGAGCACCUGGGGUUUGAGUUUUUCGAGGCCAGCGCCAAGGACAACAUCAACGUGAAGCAGACCUUCGAGAGGCUGGUGGACAUCAUCUGCGAGAAGAUGUCCGAGUCUCUGGACACGGCCGACCCCGCCGUCACCGGCGCCAAGCAGGGCCCCCAGCUCACGGACCAGCAGGCCCCCCCCCACCAGGACUGUGCCUGCUAGGGGCCAGCCCCCCCUCUAAAAUCCCCCCAAAAACCGGUCAGUGCACCCCAAACACCCCCCCCCUCCCCCCCCGAGUUCCUCCUCUUGGGGGUCCCGCGGGGGCUUUUGCUGCUGAUACCUCCGAAAGGGCUGCGGCCCCUCUAGGAGCCCCCCACCCCAAUUCAUUAGGCUAUGCCCCCCCACCCCUUAAUUUAUUUUUAAGCCUGGGCUGGUAGAAAACUUCCCCCCCUGUUCUGCUUUUAAUCACUGUCAAGAAACCAUCACCCCCAGCCCCAUUUCCCUUGGUGAUCCCCCCUGUCCUGGCACCCCUUGCUCUGGAGACCCCCCCUGUCCUGGGACCCCCCUGUCCUUGUACCCCCUGCCCUUUUUCCUGUCCUGGGACCCCCUGCUCUGGGGAUCCCCCAACCCUGGGACCCCCCCUUGCUCUGGGGAUUCUCCUGUCCUGGGACCCCCUGUCCUGGGGAUCCCCCUGUCCUGGGACCCCCCAUCCUGGGGAUCCCCCAACCCUGGGACCCCCCCCCCUUGCUCUGGACCCCCUGUCCUGGGGAUCCCCCAACCCUGGGACCCCUUUCCCAGCAUGUGGGUGCUGUGACAGGACCCCCAAAUCCCCCUCCCCAAUCCCUCCCACCCCGUGUGCUCCCCCCUUUACCCCGAGAGCUCCUGGUGCAGGGGGGGGCUCUUUGUGCCCGGCUUUCCUGCCCCUCCAGCUGGAUGGAUAUUUCCUGACUCUUGUUUAUUUGUAUAAAUAGAUGCUAAUUUAUGCUCCCGCCGUCUUCCUCCUUGUACAUACAGAAAUUCCUUGUAAAUAGGCGUAGGAAGUGACGCUGUGUGCGUGACCUGCUGUGCUGUGGCCGUGGUGGUGCAUUUAUAUAUAUAUAUAUAUAUAUAUAUAAUAUUCUGA